AUGGAACACGUUCAUGAUAAAAAGGAAACUAAGUUCAUUGUAGGGACAAUUAAGACACGAAAUCAUGCUGUGAGAUCGACUUCAGCCAAAGAUAAUGGUAGUUUUUUAUUUAAAGUGCUAGACCACUUUGCGGGAUCGAUAAAAACGAAGUUUUCUUCCAAGAAUCAUGACCAAAUGCGAACUUCAACGAAGACAAGACCUCUUGAAGGGAUCGAUAAUAUUGGAUACUGCCUUCGAAGAAAACAACAUCUAGACUUACGUUAUCUGAGAAAGGGGACGAACACGAUUAGAACGCUUAUAUAA